AGUGAGUACAUUGAAACAACCAUUCUUCUGUUUCAAAGAUUGACAUGGAGACACUACUAGAUCAGAAGCUUGUUUCAAGUUGGUUUGAUGUUCAAUCUGUGCCCCAAACUUAUGUCCACCCACCCGAAAAACGACCUGGGAAGCUCAACGUUCCUCUAUGCAACAACAUCCCAGUAGUUGAUCUUGGAAGCCAUGAUCGCCGUGACACCAUUCAUCGAAUUUCCAAAGCUAGCGAAGAGUUCGGAUUUUUCCAGGUCAUCAAUCAUGGUGUUCCCACUAAGUUAGUUGAUGACACGAUGAGUGUUUUCAAGGAGUUUCAUGCACUGCCCCAAAAAGACAAGGCAAUUGAAGGCUCCAAGGACCCAAGUAGAAGCUGCAAGCUCUACACAAGCAGUGAAAACUAUGCAAAUGAAGAGGUUCACUACUGGAGAGAUGUCUUGACCCACCCUGGUCAUCCCUUUGAACACUACAUGCAGUUUUGGCCUGAAAAACCAACUCGAUACCGAGAGGUUGUUAAGGCUUAUCUGGAGGAGGUAAGGAACUUGAGCUAUGUCAUUUUGGAGCUGCUUGCUGAAGGCUUGGGAAUUGGCACUGAGUUCUUCUGUGGUGGACUUACUGAAAGUCCAGUGCUGUUGUCCAAUCAUUAUCCACCAUGCCCAGACCCUAGUUUAACAUUGGGAUUAACCAAACAUUGUGACCCUACCCUUAUAACCAUUUUACUUCAAGAUACAGAUGGCCUUCAAGUUUUCCAGGAUGGGAACUGGAUUGGUGUUGAGCCUGUUCCUAGUGCUUUUGUGGUUAACAUAGGCUAUGUCUUGCAGAUAAUCAGCAACUCGAAGUUUAAAGGCGCCGAGCAUAGAGUGGUAACAAAUUCAAGAGUUGCACGGACAACAAUCGCGUACUUCAUUCAUCCAUCGAACGAGAGCCUUAUAGCACCUGCAAAAGCUUUAUGCAAUCCACCAUUGUACAGGUCCAUGAAGUUUAAAGAGUUCCUCAGAAACUUUAAAUCCAAGGCUGCCAAUGCUGAUGCUGUGUUGAAGGUUAUAAGCCUCUCAAGUAGCUAGUGUGGUGAUCUGCCAAGACAAAUCGCCAUACAAAUUCUA